AGAUUGGUAACAAUACCUCCUAAAGGGCCACGUUGCUAGGUAACAGCUUGUUUCCUUGGUCAGAGCGAAUCCAUGGAAGACCCCCAAAAGUGGACAGCUCUCCUAUCCCCUCCUGGGAAUGUGAUGAAAAACGUCUUCAGAAAAAUAGCCUUAUCAGAGCGAGAGGAAAGUUUUUUCACCAGCAAGACAUGUCUGAAAGCUCCUCAGAUCAAAACACAAGUAGUCAAGAGAUUUGUCCAUCUAAUUCAGCAUACUACUCUGAUCCAAGUGAGACUCAUAUUCUGUCAGCUCUGUCAAGGAACCGAAGAACGUUAUAUUCACUUUCAGAUUCUGGAAUAUCAUCCUCGCUUCCAUCAGAUUCUUGCAAGUACCUCACUUGGCACAAGAUAGAACAACAUGACAUUCAAGGAAGUCAACUGCAUUGCCCAAGAGUAAGAGAAGGACCUUCUGAAGAAGAAUUGCUUCUCAGACCGGUAAGGUGUACCUUGCCUCCAAAGAGAAGAAUCCUUGAAAAAACCAAAUGGGAAACAUGGCUGCAAGAAAACUGGGAAGACUGCAUGAAUUUGAACAUUUCAUUUCAAGAUUUGGGGGACCCUUAUCAAGUUGAAAAUUUUAGAAGGAUUCUUAGAAGAUUAAUUCGAGUGGAAACACUCUGGUUAAUUGUCAAUUCACUGGUGGAUUUAAGUACCAUAAGAUUCCCAAGAGUGUUCUCCUGCUUGCCAAACUUAAAGAUGCUGGAUGGGAUCUUGAAGCUACCAGAAGACUGUGCAUCACCAAAACCCAAUAUUUUUUCAAAAAUAUGUAUUAUAUCCUAAUGCAAUGUGUAUACAAAGAAAGCAAUCACCAUUAUUGCUAAAAGCUAAUAGAUGCAGUAAAUGCAUGAUUAAAUAUUGCAGUUUUAAUCAAAGUAGGAAAAUACUUUCUAUAAAGGACCAGAGAGUAAGUAAACACUGUAGGUUUUGUUGGCCAUAUAGUCAUUGUCAUAAAGUCUUCCCUCAGGCAUUGUAGCACAAAACAGCCAU